AUGCUGCUUCCAAGCAUCACCAACGGCAGCACUCCAAACAGCAGCAAAAGUCUGCUGGCGGUGUUGUGUGCAAACGCAAGUUCUGCGCUGCUGCGGCUGAGACGGAUCAGAAGAGCCCUACGAACUGCGACGGAGGCCGUUGCUGCGAAUCCAAUGUACCGCAAGGCGUGGCACCGCCGUGCUGCAGCUUUGGUGCAUGUGCGAGGCGCAGUGGAGCGGUAUUUCGUAGCUCUCUGCAGCAAAAAGAACAGCAGCAGCAGUAGUAGCAGCAGAGACAGUGCUAGUGCCAAUACGGACGAUUGCACUGCCGCAGCUCGCGCUUGCUUGCAGCAGGUCGAUAGAGAGAUAGCAGAGGCCCAGAUGAUGUCCCAGGGGCAAGCCAACGUUUCGGAAGCAAUUGCUGCAGCAAGCCGCAUGAUGGUUGGUUGUUGCGGGUGUGGCUCCAGUGCAACUCUUCGCCCUUCAUCCGAUAACAAGGACACCGUAUCUGAUCGUCCAUGGCUUUGGCUCAGGAAAGACGUAAGCGCACACCGGGACGCAAAAGGUUGGGGCUUGGUGACAGCAGACGAUGGACUUUCUAGGCUUGAAAAUGAUCCUUGUUUGGUCUUGGAAGAAGAAGCAUUUGCGGUUUUUGUGCACCCAGACCUCUGUGCACCCAUUCCGAAGAUCCCCUUCGCUCUUCCUCCCCACAAUUCAGCGUUUGCCCAAAACCCGGAGGGCCUCGAGCUCCAUGCAGAUGCUACUAUCCGUGACCAGUGGGAGGCGCGCGUUGAAGAAGGCGCCGUGGGUAAGAAAGAGUGUGAGAGGGUCGACGAAAGUGGAAAAGGAAGACACGAGGCCUGGCUAGAGCUUCAGGAAGAAACAGAGGGGAUCUGUGCAGGCUGCGCGACAGUACCGGCUCGAGGGGAGGUAGCUGCAAAUGAAUGCCAUAUGCAAGGGCCCGACACCUGGCACAGCACAGUGAGCCAUUUACUCUAUCCAACGCUCCCUGUGGUGCCCUGCGGCUCUUGCGCGGCUGCUAUGUUUUGCUGCCAAGGCUGCAGAGCGGCUUCAUCUCACAAGCGUGCAUGCCGCUUGCACCAAAUGCAGCAAGCCCAGCAGCAAGAGGCAUGUGGGAUGGAAAGCCGCUCAACGCGCGGCGACGACCGAAAAGGACCGCGGGGAGAAGCUUCAGAAAGUAUGCCAGGCACGCAGGUGCAGCCUUUAGCACUAGCGCUGCCAGAUCCUCAUCGUUUCCUUGCGCGUCAGCUCUUGGCUUCCCUGUUGCCGCCAGCAAUUCCCUUAGAGGAACCGGCAGUGCAAAACGGCUCGACAGCAUUAGUCAACGCCAAAGUGCAAGCUCGUGUGCUGGGCGAGCCGCCAUGGCGCCAGUUGCUCAUGAGAACGUCAUCCGUUGUGGUGGACAGCACGAUGGUGGCGGAUUGGCUGCUGAAUGCUGCAUGGCUGGCUGGUGAAGCCACAGCAUAUGGACGAGGGCUACAUUGCGGUGGCCGUUGUCUCAUCUGCAGACCCGCGGGAAGGGAACCGCCUGCAACUUCACAGUCAGCAUCUGCUACUGCAGAGAGUGCUGCCGCACGGUUCGCACAUCCCUCAGAUGAGACCCCCGCAACGCAUCCUUGUGGUUGGUGCUGCGUGUGUUGCCGGCGUUGGUGCCCGAAGUGCUCGGUUUGUCCGUCGCGCAUGCAAGAGCCUGACGGUUUGUCGCGGAACGUUGGCCCCUUUCCUAGGUGCCUUUUCGCAGCGGCACUCCACGCCUACGGUGUAGCGUGCUGCAACAGCUUCACAAUUCGCGUUCUCUGUGACCCUGAAGAGGAAGCGGUGGCAGCUGGCACUGCGGUGUUCCUCGCGGCGUCUCUACUUAACCAUUCGUGUACUCCCAAUGCUAUCGUAGCUUUUGGAGAGCCCAAGGUGCAGUUGCAGCGCAAGCAGGAGCGUGAUCAGAACAGGGUGCACCAGCACCAGGGCGAGGACAAUGUUGAUUCUGCAGCGGCGCCAGAUGCUCCUCUACUUGUCAGGACCCGCGGUGUGGGGCGAGGCGCGCUCUUACAAGUCCGAUUGGGUGCCCCGAAUAAUUCGGGAUGUAGCGGCCGUGUGCAGGAGGUUUGCAUCUCUUAUGGCGCGCAGAAGAUUCUAUCGAGUAUGCGAGAGAACACAAGCAAUGAACAGGAGCAGCAUGCACUGUUUGACGCGGCUGCACUGCUCAACCGCUGCUUCGGGCCCCACCUUCACAAGAAUCCUUUGCCAGCGGUUCGACUGCGCAAGGUGCUGGCGGAGAAAACCGCUAGCUAUUCGCUCUUCUUGAAGAUGCCUGAGAAAACUCUCGAGUUUGUCACCGCCUUCUCCAAGCUGCUUCACCGGGUUCUGACGAAGGGGCAGGUGCGGCAGCCAUGGACUAGUACGCAAAAGUUGGCUCUAAUGGGUCAUUCAUGUGUUCCUCUAUGGUCACCCUACGCUGUGGCUUUUCCUGACUCCUUGUCUAUUAUAUCAUCGUCUACAGGCAAGAACAUACCGAUAUAUGCAUUCAGCGAACUCUACUGCCUCAACUGCAGCUCGCGGUUUCCCGCCAGUGGCCUCGAAAGGAACCGAGAAGCAAUUCACGUGCAGCUGGAUCGUGUACAGAGUGCACUGAGAAACCUUGUCAGCCCAUUCUCCAAAGCCACAAAAGCACAGCAGGGCGCGCUUUUAGCUGAGGUCUUGAAGGACAUCCUGCAAGCCAUUCCGCAGGUCGUAGCUGUCAGUGGCUGCCUGUCUACAGGUGUGUGGGAGGCGCUGCAGAGUGCCGCCAGGGCUGCCCACGCGAAAGCAGAAGUGAUGCGGCAAGUACACGCUGAUUCCAUCUGGGCCGUAGAGUCAGUCGGCAUGGCAGCUACUUGCCUGUCGGCUGGGAUCUACGUGCUGUUGCAAAGGCUCCCUCUUGGAUUAUCGCAGCCAGAGGUGUCCGCGCACAUGUACAAGGUUGCACUGUUGCUUGGCCAAAUAGGCGGUCGUGCACAAACAAAACAGGUUCUGGAAGCUGUUGCCAAGGCUACACUCAAUUCCUAUGGGCCUCACAGCGUUAGCCAGAGCUACGUGAAAGCGUAUCUACGAUGGAUGGAACGAGAAGAUGAAUAA